CCAAAACCAUCUCUUUGCAACAAAAUUGCUACUCUCAUAUUCUUCUUCUCCAUCACAGAUUUAGCACAAAUGGAAGAAGUUGCAGUAGUCGAGAACAAGAAAGUGAUACUAAAGAAUUAUGUAGAUGGCAUUCCUAAAGAAACAGACAUGGAAGUGAAACUCGGAGAAACAAUUGAGCUUAGAGCACCAAAAGGGUCUUCUUGUUUCCUCGUCAAAAAUCUAUACUUGUCUUGUGAUCCUUACAUGAGAGGUCGUAUGCGUGACUUUCACGGUUCCUAUCUCCCACCUUUUGUUCCUGGCCAACGUAUCGAAGGGUUUGGUUUAGCAAGAGUGAUAGAUUCUGAUGACGAUAAUUAUAAGCCCGGCGACAUAAUCGGCGGGAUUAUAGGUUGGGAAGAAUACAGUUUGCUUCGUAGUUCAGAUAACCUGCAGUUGAGAAAGAUUCAGUUAGACGACGACAUUCCGCUUUCUUAUCAUCUCGGACUUCUUGGGAUGGCUGGAUUUACAGCAUAUGCAGGGUUUUAUGAGAUAUGUUGUCCUAAGAAAGGGGACAGUGUUUUUGUAUCUGCAGCAUCUGGAGCAGUUGGACAACUUGUUGGUCAGCUUGCUAAGUUACACGGCUGCUAUGUUGUUGGGAGCGCCGGUAGUAAGCAAAAGGUUGAUCUCCUUAAAAACGAGCUUGGGUUUGAUGAAGCCUUUAACUACAAGGAAGAGGCUGAUCUUGAUGCUGCCUUGAAGAGGUACUUCCCUGAGGGGAUCGAUAUUUACUUCGACAAUGUGGGAGGAUCCAUGCUUGAUGCAGCGCUCCUCAACAUGAAGGUCCAUGGAAGAAUCGCGCUCUGUGGAAUGGUGUCUUUGCAAAGCCUCUCAACCUCAUCACAAGGAAUCAACAACCUAUACAACGCUAUCCCCAAACGCGUAAGACUAGAAGGGUUCUUGCAGAGUGAUUACCUCAAUAUCUUCCCACAGUUUCUUGAAAAUAUCAUGAGAUAUUACAAGGAAGGCAAGAUUGUAUACAUCGAAGACAUGUCUGAAGGCCUCGAGCUCGCUCCCGCUGCACUUGUUGGGUUGUUUUCCGGGAAAAAUAUUGGUAAACAGGUUGUUCGGGUUGCUAAAGAGUAAUUGUUUCUGAAAGUAUAUUACAAGUGGUUUCAGAACAGACAUUGUAUGAAUAAAGCCGCAUUCACAAA